AUGGUGUACAAGAGCGCAGAUAGAGUGUGUCGAACAGUCAUAAAAGGAAGAAAUCUCGAAGCUUGGUACCCAACCGAGUUCCUUAAUAGCCUUAAGUUCCCGGGGGUACCAAAUCAUGAGAUACACAUAAAGGUGAGAUGCCCUAUUAUGUUGUUGAGAAACAUCAACCAAAGAGAUGGGUUGUGUAAUGGCACACGCCUUAUUGCCACAAGAUUACAACAAAGAGUCAUAGAAGCACGCGUCAUUAUAGGUACAAAGGCAGGGGAGCUGGUAACUAUACCAAGGGUGGAAAUGUCACUAUCUGAUCAAAAGUUGCCAUUUACCCUAAAGAAGCGUCAAUUUCCAAUAAAAGUGUGCUUCGCAAUGACAAUCAACAAGAGCCAAGGGCAAACAUUUGAUCAAGUGGGUAUGUACUUGCCAGAACCAGUAUUCACGCAUGGCCAGCUAUAUGUAGCUGUCUCAAGAGUCACUGCACGUAAAGGAUUGAAAAUAUGCAUCCCAAGGACAGAUGCUGAAGAUCAGCAAAUUGCAAUGACAAAAAAUGUAGUCUAUAAAGAAAUAUUUAGGGAUGUAUAA